GCGGGGCCGCUGGUCUCCGCUGAGCUGCUGCGGUCGCAGGUUGCAGAGCCGGUGGGAGCCGCGGCGGGCGAGGCACUGCAGCCCCGACCCCAGAGUCACCUGAGCCUGAGCCCCGAGCCCCAGCCUUCGGCCCGCGCCAUCCUCACCGGCUCCGCCCGGCCCCAGGCCCCGGAGGCCAGCACCCGGUUGAAGACUGCGCCCCGCAACCGCCGGCCAGCCCAGGCGCCACGAUGGUGUGCGGGGGCUUCGCGUGCUCCAAGAACUGCCUGUGCGCUCUCAACCUGCUCUACACCCUGGUUAGUCUCCUGCUGAUUGGGAUUGCUGCGUGGGGCAUCGGCUUCGGGUUGAUCUCCAGUCUCCGCGUGGUGGGUGUGGUCAUCGCAGUGGGCAUCUUCUUGUUCCUCAUCGCAUUGGUGGGGCUCAUCGGAGCUGUAAAACACCAUCAGGUGUUGCUAUUUUUUUAUAUGAUCAUUCUCCUCCUUGUAUUUAUUGUUCAGUUUUCUGUAUCUUGUGCUUGUUUAGCCCUGAAUCAGGACCAACAGGGUCAGCUUCUGGAGGUUGGUUGGAACAACACAGCAAGUGCUCGAAAUGACAUCCAGAGAAAUUUGAACUGCUGUGGGUUUCGAAGUUUUAAUCCAAAUGACACCUGUCUGGCUAGCUGUAUUAAAAGUAGCCAACAGUGCCCACCUUGUGCCCCAAUAAUUGGAGAGUAUGCUGGAGAGGUUUUGAGAUUUGUGGGUGGCAUUGGCCUGUUCUUCAGUUUCACAGAGAUCCUGGGUGUUUGGCUGACGUACAGAUACAGAAACCAGAAAGAUCCUCGUGCCAACCCUAGUGCUUUCCUUUGAUGAGAAAGCAAGGAAAUGCUUUCAUACUAUGAUCUUGCUCACUUUCUCUGAUUUUAAGUUAAGCUAAUUUGCUCAUUAACAAAGGAAACAGCCUCUGAAAAAUUACACUGUCAACACUGGAAUUACAUAUUUUUAUUUUUACCUUUCUCUAAAUGGUUUUGUUUCCAUUGCUGAAAAAGACCCUGAAAUUCCUGGUGUCCUCUGAACCUCGGUGUAAUCUACUGUCCUCAGUGUCUGGCACUGUCCAUUGUGGCCUUUCUUAGCAUUUUUACCUGCAGAAAAGCUUAGUAUAGCACUACUGUGUUCAUGAUCAUAUUGUGAAGCUAAAGAGACAUCUCACUGGAAUAACUGUACAUAGGUAGUGCUCUGCUGUGUAGAUAGUUCCCACUGGAGACAGUUGAUGUUUAGGAAGGCUAGAGAGUAAGAGCACCUGUUGUGCUAAGUUCAAUAAGAGAAAUUUAAGUUCUUAACAUUUUUUUUUGUCUUUUUAGGAGAGAUGCAUUGUGCUGAAAAGUGUUCAUAUAAAAGUGACCAUUUAGUUCUAGUAGUCUUUAAUACAUCAGUGCAUUCUAGAAAUAGCUAUGUCUUUAGGAAAUUGCAGUUUAGUUUUUGACUUGUAUAGGUAAGUGCAAAGGAGCUGCGGUCUCAGAAAUGUCUGUGUCCCAUUGACCUUUAGCUUUCAAAGUGGAAUGAGUUUAAGACAGAAGGUGUAUCUACAUAUUCUUGAUAUUCUUUUUUAAAGAAAAGUCUAAAAAACUGCAUUUUUAAACAGCUCACAAUCAGUACAUUGACCCACAUAGCAAAAAGAUAUUUGAUUAUCUUAAAAAUAACUUUGUAAUAAAAUUUCUCAGUAUUGUGACAGCAAGUUGUCAAAUCCAAACAUAUUUGAAUAUGAUAGCUCCCAUAUGUUGAAAGUGAAAUAGUAUUGUUGGUCUGUAUAGUAUGUUACAAAAUUAAAAGCUAGAAACCUUU